UAAAUCUUAUCGUUUCAAUUGACGAUAAGUAAUUCAAAAAUAAGAAUGGAACGUGUAAAGAUUUCCUAAUUCAAUCCGAUAGUUUACAGUCCAUACAAAAGACGACUAAACAAGGGUACCCCGCUCCGAUUUCACACAAGAGCCAACCGUCUUGGUUAAUUUUUAUAAGGUUGAUUUUAUGUAGCAGUAAGAAGCUAUAUUAAGAAGGAAUCAAAAGAGGUCUGGAAGAUAAGAAUCUUGAGAAUUCUGGGAUGUUAACCUCUGGGUCACCGGUACCUAUAUUUAAUUGUGUGACUGUCAACAGAAUAGCAUACCAAUUAUGUAGUUAGUGACAGAAUAUGAAAACAGCGGAGCAGCAAGGACACUGACUUAUUUCUUCAUUAUGUAAUUUUUUUUCUUUGACGACUCUUUGGAAAGGAAAAUACGGAAGUAUUCCAGAGGAAUCUCUUGUGACAUUUAUUUUUUUCAUGCAUAAGUUAUAAGGGAAUCUGAGCAAGCACCUGUCAGUGAUUUUAUUGGAAACAUUUUUCGCAUGAACCAUCAUCUGCGGUUACGGACCGGGGAGAAAUCAACCAAAGGAAUUUUACAAUGGGAGGGACCUAAUAUUCAACCCGACUUUGGAAUUUAAAGGAUCAUCGACAUAACAAAACUUGCGCAGUGGAUUACCAGGCGUUAAUCUCGGAUUUCUAAAGGAUCAGAGUCACUAUUUCAUGUUUGCCUGGAAGCUUGGACUAUUUGAUUCUGUGGCAAGUUUACCAACAACAUUGCCAGAGAUCUGGAUAAAUGUUUACACGAGACUCAAAUCUCUAAAUUCAUACAAACCUAAAUCCCUGGAAUUGAUCCCACGUACAUAAUUCUAAUGUUAGAGCUACGAAGUGGUAGUCGGAUGUUAGUAAUGGACACUUUAGUUCUAGUGAAAAUGUGAAUUAUCCAUCGAUUGUUCAUUUCCGUUUGAUUUUUUUCCGACUUUAAAAACGGCCGAAGAAUGGGGCCGCUAAUUGGUUCGUACCGUGAUGAUGACAAAGACACUGUAAGUUUACCCAGAACUCCACAUUCUAGGCGAACCAAAACAACAGAUGACGGAUUUAUGGCGUUCGACUCGUCCUCCGAAUUCAGCUUCGAUGACGCUCUGACAGACGAGGGGCGUUUAUCUCGAUCUUUACAAUCAUGGAUGCCCGAUUACACCAUUGUACCCAUCGAGCCGAUGGUGAAACCCCCCAAACAACCCGUGUACUCUGGUCGACUUGGAAAGAAACUGUCUUUGAAGCGAAUUCCGAGUGAUGAGUCCAUAACAACUAAAUUGUCCCUGCUUUCAUGUUCAACAAGAGCUGCAUCACCCGAAGAACGUUCGAGCACUGCCACAAAACGACGACGUAAAAGGAAAAACUUAAGCUCUAGGGCUCCGUCUGCUACAGAAAAGGUGGUGUCAAAAUGGGAAGAAUUCGCGAGACAACGUGCUAAAGGUGCUCUGGAUAAAUUUUCGAAAACUCACAAUGCGAUGAGAAUGGACGUUGUUCAACGAUUUGAAGAUGACGAAAGUGAAGCAUUUCGUCUGAUGGAUAAAGACGAAAAGAAAAUGUUGAUUUCAGUAGGUAUAACAAGAAGUCGACUGUUUGCAGGACAACUUAAAAAGACUCCCAGUUUAAGUGAUGUGAGGGAUUCCUUUACUCCUUCACCGCCUAGACAAGUUCGAAGAUCUUUAUCGGCUGGUGCUAAACCUCGAAGUCGUGGCAUUAAUUUGGAGGAAAUAAGACAACAAAGAAUGCGAGAAAAGAUAGCCCUGAUGCAGCAGAGACAACGAUCUCGCGGUGGGAGACGCUCUUUUCUCUCUCACCGUCAGCUUACUCGAACAACACUCACAUCCAGUCAGGGGUCGGUGGCACCCGCCACGCCCUCUCCUCGAUCCGCCUCUCCUGUCAAUCAGGAAGAGAAAGUGUCCGUAUGGAAGGGAGACACACAAAUCUUGGAGAUGGAUUUAAGGCGUGGUUUGACAAAACGUGUUCAGAAAAAGAUCAUGUCAACCACUAUGGCAAUUAAUCUAGUGACGGGUUACGGAGAAUCAAACGAACGGCAGACAAUGAUUGGUAGACACGAGGAAUUCCCUGCAUAUGUGGAGGAGGAUUAUUGUAAUGUACCAAAAAUAGUACAACGGAUUCGCAUUACGCCCGAUCUUAGCCUCGUAAUCAAGGACGAUAUACGUGUUCGAAUGGGUAGACCGCGUUAUCAUGAAAUAAAGAUAAAGGAUUUAGAAAUGUGGAAUAGAGGACAAGUAUUGAACCGAUCACAUAGAAACCUUAAAGUGUUCAACUGGCUUCACAGUCUAAAGGAAAAUGAUUUUGAUAAAGACAUAGAACCGUACAUUGAUGACAGUGUUCCUGCUUCUCCCGAUGACGUAGAUGUUUUACACGUGGAAGCGGCGGACGAGCCCGACAUUAAACCUCUAUAUAUGAAAAAAUUCAAUAUGAAAGGCUCUAAAAAGAAAAGUUUGAAAAAAAUAUGAUUAACAUGAUUUUAUACAUUUAAAUUAUUAUUUUUC